ACUGGUUGAGGUCUUCUGAGUGGCAGGAACAGCUAUUUCUCAUACUUUCCUUGCAUUGGUUUUGUUUGUGCCGUAACACAAAUUCAGCUCUGAAUAGAAAAUAGAGGACUUUGUUGAAGUACCAAAGUUAAUUUGAUAAACUGAGACCCUGCGUUGUAAAGAGACAUGGAGACUGUUUUAGGACUGUUGGUGAUCUCAGCAGGAGUGUCUCAUGGCUUGGAGACUUCCUGUGAUGCUAGAGAAGAUGGAUCUCAGUGUUAUGGAGCUCUGGGAGGAACUGUCUAUCUCCAGCUGACUGAUACCAUGACAUAUCAUCACUACUCAUUUUAUAAAGGCUCAACUGCUGCUAAAGAGAUACUGAAAAUGAAGGGCACACUGGUAAUAAGAGACACCCCCAUUAAAGACAGAUUACACUUCUUUAUAAACAAUGGGACAUUUAGGUUAAAUAACACAAGAAGGAAUGAUUCUGGUGAAUACCUGCUCGAAAAAUAUGAUUCAGAAGGGAAAUCUUCAGAGACCAGAGAACUACAACUGUUCAUCGAAGCUCCAGUGUCCAGUCCUCAGCUGUCCUCUGAGUGUCUGUCUCAUGGAGAGAUGAGGGUGUCCUGCUCCUCUGAGGGGGAUGGUCCCCAGUACAGCUGGACUCUGGAUAGACAGACGCUGAACGACACUGAUGCCUCUUCUGAUAAUAAGACAAACACCAUCACUCUGAAGAAAGGCCUGUCAGGAGAUCUCACCUGUACCGUCAGAAACAACAUCAAUCGUAAUACUGUCAGCAGGAGAAUCUCACACUGUCCAGGGCUGAUAUAUGUUAACUGCACCUUAUCCAACGGGACAAACAUAUCAGAGUGGGUGAAUGCCACUGGUAAUACCCUGUGUGUUGAGCCUACAACGGUGACGACUGAGUCUCCCACCAGUAAAACCUUCACCCGUAAGGGAUAAUGUUGAUAUUGAUGAUGAUGAUGAUUAUUAUUAUGAUGGACAUCAUGACCUCUAGGGUCGUUCCACAAAAUGAGUCCCUAAUUGAUCUUUUCUUCAAUCUAGACCACAUGGAGAAUAAAAUAUCUCAGAUUUUUUAUAUUUAUGAAGAGUUGCUAAAGUGCCAAAAUGCAGCAUUUUGACGUGUCCCUCUGUCACCCUCUGUGACCUCUAGGAACAUUUUAACCCACUUAA